GGUCGUCGUCAGCGUAAGUCGCAGCACAGCGAUUCUCGUUUCUCAUUUUGUCGCGUAGUAGUAGACCGGAGCGGAGUGAGUUUGCCGAAACAGAAAACGCGUUUUCGCCGGUCGGUCGUUCCUCUCUUUCUAACAUUCUCCAUAUCUCCGUGUAGAGAUAUAUAUCUCGGUUAAUAGUGACCUUGGAAAAAACGUUUUGCUGUACAGUGAAGAAGCCCGUUACGGGAAAAAUAAAAGUGGAAGAACAAACAAAGUGACCGGCUGCGGUUUGUAAACAAAAACAGAGACAGUUUCGUCAAACCGGCCACGUGUUUGCUUUCGCGAACUUAAUUCUCCACUUGUGUUGCUCUUAUUAUCAUUCGUUCUGGAGGAUCUUUGCGGAGGUGGUUUCGCACCAAACAUGGGCGGUGCUAAAUUGGCCGAAAAACCCGAAAAGAAGAUCCUCAAUCCUCAAGAAAAACUGGCUGCAAUAACGCGAGUUAAAGAAGGCGGCGAAACAAAAGCUUCCGUCGCUCGGGAUUUAGGAAUUCCAGAAUCAACUUUAAGGGGAUGGUGUAAGAAUUCGUUAAGGAUUAAUUAUCAAUCGAAUCGGAGCAGUCCCGAUACGGAUGACGCAUUAAAAUUAUCCCCGAGUGGUAAACGAAGAUCUCUUUCUUCUGGCGGUUCUAAAAAGAAAUCGAGGAGAUUGUCGGCAAUUUCUCCAACGUCAACUUUAAAUUCGUCAUCCACCCUCGCCGAAUUAAACCGUUUAAAAGCCGAAUACGGCUUGAGUAGAGUGAGUGAGUACUUAAAUCAACCAAUUGGAACUUCAGGAUUAGACGCUGCCAUGCAAGGUUGGGCUUUACAAAUGCAAAUGUUGUUGCAAGCUUCAGUUGCUGCUUCAACCCAGGAUACCACACCUUCAAUUAAUACCCCUCUUAUUGCUACAACCUCGCAAGUAACUUCAACAACCAGCACUGUUGACACAUCCCUUUUAAAUAGUCUUCGACCAUCGUUAACCGAAACAUCAAGCAAUUCUCUUUAUCUUUCAUCACUCCCAAGUUUCCCCCCAACCACUUCUUCAUCAACCUUUGGAAAUUUUUCCUCAAACUUAACCAAUCCUUUCUUAAUGAGUUAUCUAGCCAAUUUAAACGAAACCCCUUCCUCAAAUGGAGUCCCUACAACCGUCGCUAAAACACCAAAAUAUUCUUUAUCCCCUCAAUACCAAAACACACCGAAAUGCCCAUGGAGAUCUAACAGCCCAACCGCUUACGUUCAACCAUUUGCUUCAAGCGGCUCUUCAAGCGCAAGUGUCAGCCCAAGAAGCCGAACAAGUCUAAACAGCCAAAAUUUGAAUGAAUAUUACGGAACCGAUGAAGAAGGCCCCAUCGAUAUGAGUACUUCGAAUGAAGAUAGUUCUUCAGAUAGUUUAUCAUUAACCAGAACAAAUCAAGUACCACCCAAAGAUGAACCGAUGGAUUUUUCUUCAAACCAUAUCGAUAAACUUGAGGAACCAUCAAAAAUGGAAUACCACCAAAGGAACGUUGAAGAAAUUCCAAUGUUUUCUCAACCAAUUAAUGAAAAUGGAAAACCCGCGGAGAAAAAUGACGACGAAAAAAAGUUUGAAGAAAAUAACAAAAAUAUUGAUAAAGAUGAAAAAAAAAAAGUCGAAAAAAUUAUAAUUAAAAAAGACGAAGGAAUUCUUUUUAACGAACUAACCAAACCCGAACAACAAAUCGAAGAGGAAAAGGAAGAAAUUCACGGGAAAAAAUUAGAAUCGGUUUUAGAAUCGGUAUUUCAAGUCACCAAUAACAACACGAUCGUUUCGUUGAACGGGGAGAAAACGGUUUCGAACGAGGAAGCCGUCCAAUGCGGGGAGAUUUUUUUAAAAUUCUUGGAAACCGCGAAAGAUCCCAACGUAACGGCAAGUCAAAUAACCCAAGUAAGACAUAUUUUGGGUAAUAUCAAGUCAGGUAAUGUGCCGAAAAACGGCGAACAAAGAAAACCAAAGGUAAGUCGUAAAUAAAAAUUUACGAUUAAUCAAACAAGACAAACGACAAAAAUAAAUGUAAAAAUUAAAAUUAAAAUAAAAAUAAAAAUACAAAAAUCGUUGUACAAUUUAGAUAAUAUAAAAAAUAAUUGUCUCGUUAAUUAAAAAAAAAAGAAUUAGAUAUAUUUAAGAUGUUGAUAAGGCGGAUAAAAAUUUAUUAAUUAAAAUGUAUGUAUUUAAAAAUACGAUAUAAUUAA